CUCACACAGUACUACCGUCGUUCUUAUGCUGAAUGUUGGCAGCAGAAAUUCACGGCAAUCCUAGAGCGGGCAAGCACAGGGGAAGAUGAGGGUGAACUACCACAGAACCAGCACAGCCCCCUGAUGGCCGCAGCUCCAAGAACUGCCGCGAAACUAGGGGACAACAAGAUGCCAGCUGCGGCGUUGAGACACCAAGUGUUGCAUGCGGU